AUGAUAUUCACCGGCGGGGGGGCGCGUCGGCGCACCUCGCCCGCGCCGCAACGUUCCCGCCCUCCCGCGUACCAACGUCUUCAGGACAAUUGGGUGCCGGGUGGCAGAGGUCGUAGACUCGGCGAUGUUACUGAAACUGAUGUACGCCGAUCCCGCGGCAAACGCAUCACGCAGCGCCGCGGUGCUAUCAAACACCAUAAAGUUCACGAGGUGCACGGCCAUCGCUUCGUGGCGAAGUUCUUCAGGCAACCCACCUUCUGCGCGUUCUGCAAAGACUUCCUCUGGGGCUUUGGGAAACAGGGGUACCGAUGCGUGGUGUGUCAGACCGCCGUUCACAAGCGUUGCCACGACAAACUGUUAGGGAAAUGUACCGGCUCCUCGGCGCAUUCAGAUAGUACAGUGUAUCUUCGGGAACGCUUUAAAGUGGACGUACCGCAUAGAUUUCGGCCCCACCAGUUUAUGUCCCCAACUUUCUGCGACCACUGCGGCGCUCUGCUCUAUGGCUUUUUCAAGCAGGGACUCAAAUGUGAAGGCGUCGUAUCGCCGCUACGCCAGUCUGCGGUGCGCGCUCGCUUGAAUUACCGGGCUGUGCGCUCGGUUCGCGACACAAUGCCGCUCUUUUCGGAACACAUAUCCAACAUGUAUUAUGGCGGAAGCUCUUCCUAUACCAGUGCACCCUAUAGUUAUACAAGUUCGCCAUACGGCACUUCUUACAGUGCAUCCUAUUUGAAUCCCGGAGGAAAUUAUAGUAAUCAUUCUUCUCUGGCACCAUACACUAGGACAUUAUCAUCGAGAUGGCUUGGAAGAAAUUAUUCACCAAUUCUAAGUACUAUAUCAGAGAAGGGUACGACGAGUCCAGUGAGAAUUAACAGCCCUAGGAGGAUACCCGCGACGAGAACCUAUACUUCUCACAUAUCUAUACCGACCAGCUACACUCCGCGUCCCAUCAAUAUAAAUACUGCGGAUAUUGACGUUUCUCGCGAUAAGUAUCGACCUCGAAAUGUCACUUCCACGGCUGUUAAUACAGAAUUGCGACGAAAAAGCCCAGUCACAACAAGUACUAAAGAAUCUACCACACUUAGUAACGACAAACCAAAUUCAGGUGUAGACUCUGCACGAAGUUCUCCACCUCACAGGUCAACAAUAAAACGCGAUCGGGCCGUCAUCAGAUUGCACACAGUAAAGAGAAAGGAUAGAGAUUCACCAAGACGGCCUAAUUUUACAUCUAAACAUGAUACGACACCAAGCACUGAUGCUGCAGAAGAUAAACCUAAAUCUGAGCAAUUAAAAUGGAGGGAAAGGCUUGCAGAGGAUUUAGCAUAUGAUAAUAAAAAGGAGAAGAAGACCAUUGGUGAAAAAUUAGUUGAAAAAUUUACACUAAAAAAUAAAGAUACGAGUGAUGCCGAAACAUAUGACAACAAUGACGUUUUGCAAACGACCAGUGAAUUGUCUUUAGAUCCUCACCAACCUGAUGCUUCUCUCAUAGAUAAACCUGGUAGACGCUGUUCAAUGGAAUACUUAGCGGAACAAGCUUCACUACUAGAUUCUUUAAUUAGGAGAGAAAAUUUAAGUACUGCUACAUUAGAUCUGAGUAAAGUUGGCUCAGAAUCAGACACUAAUUCUGCUGAAGGAACACCGGAAAAAAGAAAAAGAACAUUUAUUAAUACUCUAAAUCCACUAAAAACUACAAAAUCAGACCAUUCGAUAAUCUCGAAACCCGCGAUUAAUAGAAAAAGUUUUAAAAAGUCAACUUCCGGAGGUAACAUUUGUGUUUUAGAUAAAAUAUCUGAAAUGCAACAACUAGUUAAAGAUGAAAAUUUAGCUCCGCUUUUGAAAAAACGUUUAUCGGUAAGGAGAAGCGUUAAAAAGGAAAAAAAUAAACCGAAAUUGAAACCUAAAAUAACAUCUAGCGUAGAGGUAUCAACGCCACCGAGUCCGCUUAAGUUUAUAGUGGAAAAUGUAACCAUAGAAGAAAAAACGACUCCAAAGAAGAAAGACAUUGUAUAUAGCACUGUUAUAGACGACGUCAGUAAUAUAAAUCAGCCCAUUAAAUUGUGCAGUAGCACUGUUGAAAUUGGACAUAGAAAAAGUGUAAAAGUAAAGAUAAAACCUAAAAGUGAAUACUUAACUGCAGAAGCAGUUGGUUCACCAGAGCCAGAAGAUGAAAACUUUUGGGGGAAAAUAGGUAAAAGGGAGACAGUUUAUUUAAUUCAACGAAAGAAGGAACUUGAAAAGGCCAGUGAAGAAAAUAAACGCUCCAUAUUCUGGUUUCCUGAAGAGAACGCUGACUUAAAUGAAAAUGGUUGUGAAGAGACAUUGAACACUGAAAAUGAUAACAAGGAUAUUAGUACUAUAAAACAAGUUAUACAAAACAAUGACAAUGAAAACCUUAAAGAUUUAAAGGAAAUAAAUUCUACUGAUAUUAUCAAAAUAAACAAAAACUUAAAGAAAACACACGAAACGAAUCAAUUUACCCAAGAAACUGAACAGAAAAGCAGUAAAAACAUUGCUUCAGUACUACCAACUGUAGAAAAUGUAAUUAGUAAUGAAAAUAAUAUAAUUUUAGCAAAUUCAAAAGAAAAGGCAGAACCCGAAGAGCAAACUUCUAAAUUAGAAGACGUUAAUAAUACCGUAGAUAGUUCCAGCCCUCUAAAUAUUGAUAUAUCAAGUAAGAUUAUGGAAAAAAAUUAUAAAUUAAAAAAUGUACAAAAAGGUAAAGAAAAGGUUGACAGUGCGCAAUCCACAAAUAAUUUAAAAAAUAACUUACACCAAUUCGGACCUUCCAAAAUGAACACUGAAAAAGACACCUCAAAAGAAGAUGAUAAAGGUAUCUCAAAAGCAGAGGAAAAAGUGACAAUAACAGUAUCUGAAAAAGUUCAAGCAGAUAGUUGUAAGAUUCCUAUUACAGAAAUAAAGGAAGAACCCGUGUUAACUCAAAAUCUAACUUGUGAUAGUGAAUACCUCGUUAACCGUAAAAAUAUUAUAUCAGACUCACAAAAUACAAAGCUUGAAGAAGAUCGUCCAUUAAACGAAAAAAAUGAAACAUCUACCCCAGAGAUAUGUGACAGUAAUAGUAUAAUAGUAAAUGAAAGAAACAAAGACGAUAUUUCUAAAUGUAUAGAUAAAGAAAUCUGUAAAGAAGAAGUAACAAAAGAAUCCGACGAAGUUAAAACUGAUGUUUCAGAGAAUACUAUAACUACAAUAGAAAAAUUAGAAAACAAGCUCCAAAAUGAAUCUUCAAAUAAAAAUCGUGAUAAACAGGCAGCAGACAUUCCACAGGCAGACGUUGAAAGUCGGUUAUCAGUCAACUGCAAGACAAAGGAUGAAAAUGAUAAAGAACAUAAUAAAUCAAUAAAACAACCGAGCAUUAAAAAGCCGAUCCCAAGCGCGCUUGUAAAUCUACUUUUUGCUAACAAAAAGGGCGUGAAAAAUACACCUGCACCAAAACCCCUGAUAGCAACGCCGCGACCGCUUCAAAAGAAACCUGCUCAAAUCAUUCGAUCGUCUAGUUCUUCAGAGGCAUCUUCGUCAGACGAGUCCUCAGAAGAAGAGUCCAGUGAAAGCUCUGGCGAGUUUUAUGAGUCUGAAAAUAAUGCGGAUGGAAGAACUUCAACGGGUUCCAAUGACUCUGGAUUUGAUUCGUCGGCGCCAAACUCCCCUUCAGCAUUCAGCUAUGUUCGUAAAGACUGCGAUGUAAAUUGCCAUCGGAAAUGUGAAAAACUCACUGCGAAUUUGUGUGGCGUGAACCAACGACUUUUGGUUGAGGCUCUAGCCUCCCGCACGUCUUCUAAACGAGGUGCAGAUCAUGCCACUACCUCUUCAGGCUCAGGGCCUGCCGAAACCAACUCUGACAUCCUACAGCAAGAGCUUGAACAAUCCACUGCGUAUGAACUUUUCAAGAAGACUGGAAGGUUCACGCCCCCGGCUCGGAGUAUACCACGCUUCAGAAAAUACACAAUAGAUGACUUCCAGUUUAUCAAGGUGCUAGGAAAAGGCAGCUUUGGAAAGGUCAUGCUAGCUGAGUUGAGAGAAACAGAGUACUAUUAUGCGGUGAAGUGCUUGAAAAAAGAUGUAGUCUUAGAAGACGAUGACGUGGAGUGCACAUUAAUAGAAAGGAAGGUCUUGGCGCUGGGCACCAACCACCCUUACCUCUGUCAUCUCUUCGCCACUUUUCAAACGGAUUCACACCUCUUCUUCGUGAUGGAGUACCUGAACGGUGGUGAUCUCAUGUUCCAUAUUCAGCAAAGCGGAAGAUUUCAGGAGCCAAGAGCGCGAUUUUACGCAGCAGAAAUUGUUUCGGGGCUUAAAUUUCUUCACAAAAGGGGAAUUGUGUACAGAGAUCUAAAGCUGGACAACAUUUUAUUAGACUUCGAUGGUCAUGUUCGUAUUGCUGAUUUCGGAAUGUGUAAACUACAAAUAUAUUUGGAUAAGACUGCGGACACAUUUUGUGGUACACCGGACUAUAUGGCGCCAGAGAUAAUCAAAGGCCUUAAAUACAACCAAACGGUUGACUGGUGGUCGUUUGGGGUACUGUUGUAUGAAAUGCUGAUUGGUCAGAGCCCGUUCAGCGGUUGUGAUGAAGACGAGCUCUUCUGGUCGAUUUGCAACGAAAUGCCGUCCUACCCGCGCUUCUUAUCUACGGAGAGUCUUAGCAUAUUGACUCGGCUGCUAGACAAAGAUGCGCGUACGAGGCUGGGUGGGGCGGAAUGUAUGCAUGGGGAUAUUCGUGACCAGCCUUUCUUCCACGAGAUACAUUGGGAGAAGCUGGAGAGAAGGGAGCUCGACGCUCCGUUUAAGCCAAGAGUGCGACAUCCAUUAGAUACGCAGUAUUUCGAUCGCGCCUUUACCGGAGAGAAGCCUCGGCUGACCGCUGUCGAGCCACAAGUGCUGAGGUCAAUGGAUCAAGAACCCUUCAGAGGUUUCUCAUACACGAACCCUAAUGCUACUGAUCGAUGA